AACUCUGAAAAUAGACAGAUCUAGCUAUAAAAGAGCUAAGUUGACAACAGUGCUUGGUGUGUAAACAAGCAAUAAAUUGUUUCGUUGUUUUCUUCGGAGUGGAUGACUUUGUACACGUACCAAUGAGUAAUACUGAUGAUUUGGAUACCGAAAGGGCAAGGCUGCGGUCCGAGAUUGCCGAUCUUAAGGCUUCUUUGUAUGCAACAGAGCAAAACUUGCGCGAGUUGCAGGAAAGAUCGGAAGACGCACACGCAGCAAAUCCAGUCCAUAUAAAGCUUAGCAACGAUGACAUCUUGCGUUACAGUCGCCAACUCAUAUUACCUGACUUUGGAAUUAGUGGGCAGCUGAAGCUUAAGAACAGUACAGUGCUUAUUAUUGGCAUGGGCGGAUUGGGAUGUCCGGCGGCACAAUAUCUGGCUGGAGCAGGAUGCGGUCAUUUAGGACUGGUGGAUUAUGACGAGGUCGAGCGGAGCAAUCUACACCGACAAACCCUACACACAGUGACUCGUUGUGGCAUGUCCAAGGCGGAGUCGGCACGCAUUGCGUUGCUGGAUUCGAAUCCGCAUUGUCAAAUCACGUGCCACACGCGCCUUCUGAAUAGAUUCAAUGCACUGCACAUACUGCGUGCCUACGAUCUCGUACUGGAUUGCACCGACAAUGUGGCGACGCGCUAUCUGCUGAAUGACGCCUGUGUGAUGCUGCGCAAGCCGCUGGUCUCCGGCAGUGCCCUAAAACUGGAUGGACAGCUCACAGUGUAUAACUACGGGGUGCAGGGACCCUGUUAUCGCUGCAUUUAUCCGGUUCCCCCUCCACCAGAGGCAGUAACUAAUUGUGGCGAUGGCGGCGUUUUAGGGGCUGUUACCGGCACCAUUGGGGCCAUGCAAGCCCUGGAGGCCAUCAAGAUAAUUGUUGGCAUGGGAGACGUAUUGGCUGGUCGACUGCUCAUCUUUGAUGGCAGCAGCUGUCAAUUUCGCAACAUAAGAAUCAGGAGUAAGCGAGCAAACUGUCACAUCUGCUCCUCCCAACCGCUCAUCACGGAACUGAUCGACUAUGAGCUCUUCUGUGGCAUGCACGCUAAUGACAAAGACAAAUCGCUGCGUCUCCUCGAGCCAGAGCAGCGUAUUCAUGUUACAGACUAUCAGUUGCUGCAGCCAAAGGAACAUUUGCUGAUUGAUGUGCGUGCGCCGGCCGAGUUUGAGAUUUGCCAGCUGCCAGAGGCAAUUAAUGUGCCUUUGGCGCAGGUUCUGGAUGACAGCUAUCUUCAGCAGUUUAUCCAACAAUUUGCGAGCAAGGAGCUUCCCAUAGUGGUUGUAUGCCGACGAGGCAACGAUUCACAGAUUGCUGUGCAGCACAUGAAAAACCGGUUUCCGGAUCAUUGCAUACGAGACUUGGAAGGUGGACUACAUGCCUGGACAAAGCAAAUUGACGACAGUUUUCCUAUUUACUAACUUUGAACUCUAUCCUAUUACAAAUGUUAUCUGUAAUCUAAUCCAACAAUCUUUUAUAUUUACCCAUUUUAACAUUUUUACACUUAUUGUUAGCAUAAGUUACAGGCGAAUUGACCAAAGUGUAAACAAAUUGUUGUUUUUAUACUAUCCGAUAUUUACAUAAAAAAUAUCAAUUUCA